CAGCUUCCGUCCGGCGGUGUCCCGGUCAGUGUCCAGCGGCUGCAGGUUGGAUGAGGGUGGUGCGACUCAUGAAAGUGUUCGUGACCCGCAGGAUCCCCCCCGAGGGCAGGGCCGCGCUAGCCCGGGCCGCAGACUGUGAGGUGGAGCAGUGGGAUUCCGAUGAGCCCAUCCCUGCCGAGGAGCUGGAGCGUCGACUGGUGGGCGCCCAUGGCCUGCUGUGCCUGCUUUCUGACCGCGUGGACAAGAGGCUCCUGGAUGCUGCAGGAUCCAAUCUCAAAGUGAUCAGCACGCUAUCCGUGGGCGUUGACCACUUGGCUUUGGACGAAAUCAAGAAGCGUGGAAUCCGAGUGGGCUACACCCCGGAUGUCCUGACGGAUGCUACUGCCGAACUCGCUGUGUCCCUGCUACUCACCACCUGCCGCCGGUUGCCAGAGGCCAUUGAGGAAGUGAAGAAUGGCGGCUGGACCUCGUGGAAGCCCCUGUGGCUGUGUGGCUAUGGACUCACGCAGAGCACUGUUGGCAUCAUCGGGCUGGGGCGCAUUGGACAGGCCAUUGCUCGGCGUCUGAAACCAUUCGGGGUCCAGAGAUUUCUCUACACGGGACGCCAGCCCAGGCCUCAGGAAGCAGCAGAAUUCCAGGCAGAGUUUGUGUCCGCCCUGCAGCUGGCCGCCGAGUCUGACUUCAUCCUUGUGACCUGUUCCUUAACGCCUGCCACCCAGGGGCUCUGCAACAAGGACUUCUUCCAGAAGAUGAAGAAAACGGCUGUGUUUGUCAACAUCAGCAGGGGAGAUGUCGUAAACCAGGAUGACCUGUACCAGGCCUUGGCCAGUGGUCAGAUUGCAGCUGCGGGACUGGAUGUGACAACACCAGAGCCAUUGCCCACAAACCACCCUCUCUUGACCCUGAAGAACUGUGUGAUCCUGCCCCACAUUGGCAGUGCCACCCAUGGAACUCGCAACACCAUGUCCUUGUUGGCAGCUAACAACCUGCUGGCUGGCCUGAGAGGGGAGCCGAUGCCCAGUGAACUCAAGCUGUAGCCAGGUGGGAGACACAGAGAGCCAGAAGCAAAGGUGGCCCUGGUAUCUGUCACACGCACCAGGCUCAAUUUGGAGCCACAGGUGGGGGCCAGCAGAAGUGGGAUCUAGGAAGACUGCUGGUGGUGGACGUGCUCACCACUGUCGUGGCUGGACACCCGUGUUUCUGUUAUUAAAUAAAUUACUUAGAGCACA